GGCUCUCCUGGGCACCGCUGACCUGGCUGGCGGGGGCUGCGCUCCCCUAGACCGGGGAGGAUUUCUGUCCCACGCUGCAGGGGAGUGGGGAGCCCAAGAUGACAGAGGUCUUAGUGCAGCCGGACUGCAAGCUGAGCUCGGUGUGCGAGCACUUGGACCACUGCUGCCUGGAGAGGCUGGAGGAGCCCGGGGGCAAGCGCCCCUCCAACACGGGAGCCAGGCUGUGGGGCCGCGUGCGCAGCAAGCUGCUCAGGCAGAAGCUGGACCCGCAGGCCGUGCCGACCAAGAACUGGCACAUGGACGUGAUUGAGAUGAAUGGGAUCAAGGUGGAGUUCUCCAUGAAGUUCACGAGCCGGGACAUGAGCCUGAAGAGGACCCCAUCCAAAAAGCAGACCGGCGUCUUUGGGGUGAAAAUCAGCGUUGUGACAAAGCGGGAGCGCUCCAAGGUGCCGUACAUUGUGCGGCAGUGCAUCGAGGAGGUGGAGAAGAGAGGCAUCGAGGAGGUCGGCAUCUACCGGAUCUCGGGGGUUGCCACGGACAUCCAGGCGCUGAAGGCAGCCUUCGAUGCAAAUAACAAGGACGUCCUGGUGAUGUUGAGCGACAUGGACAUCAACGCCAUUGCGGGCACCCUGAAGCUGUACUUCCGCGAGCUCCCCGAGCCCCUCCUUACCGACCGGCUGUACCCUGCUUUCAUGGAGGGGAUAGCGCUCUCGGAUCCUGCCGCCAAGGAGAACUGCAUGAUGCACCUUCUCCGGUCGCUGCCCGACCCCAACCUCAUCACUUUCCUCUUCCUGCUGGAACACUUGAAAAGGGUUGCCGAAAAGGAGCCCAUCAACAAAAUGUCCCUCCACAACCUGGCCACGGUCUUUGGCCCAACACUGCUGAGACCCUCCGAGGUGGAGAGCAAAGGACACCUCACCUUGGCCUCCGACAUCUGGUCCCAUGACGUUAUGGCACAGGUCCAGGUUCUCCUUUACUACUUGCAGCACCCUCCCAUCUCUUUCGCUGAGCUGAAACGCAACACACUCUACUUCUCCACAGACGUGUAGCCUAUACUGAGAAGGCACCAGCCGCACACAAAGCCAGCCUCCCGGAGCGUGGGGUACAGCACAGACUAGCCUCGCCCCUGUGGGGAGAUGGGCACUUCCCCAGGGCAGUGCCCCCUGGCCCUGGCCCUGCACACCCUCUGUCUAGUAGUCGUGUCUUACGUACCUUCGUGGUCAGGAAUUUUUAUGUAUAUUCGUUCGACAGAAGAGGUAGUGACUGACAAGGGCCAUGGGCUCCUCGCUUCGUUCAUUUCCUGCCAGGCUCCCGUUCCUUCAAAGGCCGUCGCAACUUUCCUUUCACCCUCUCCAGCUUCAGCCAAGCGUCCCCCCAGCUCGCCCUGCUCGAAGUCUGCAGCAUCGCACCAGUGCCUGUUUGUUUCGCCUCGUCCCCUGUGCGUGCAUGUGCAGCGCUGCCUGGCCUCUCCUGCUUCAGAGGCUGAGAAGGGGCCAAGAAGGGACCAAGGGCUCCCCCUUUCUACCCCUCAAGACAAUAAGCUGCACUUUGCCUUGCUGGCCGUGUGAACAGUGGACUCUGCUCCCUCUUGGAGCAAACCUUUGGCCACAAGAGUGUGUGGGGGGAGGAAGGGAGCUUUUUAAUGUUGUUCCAGGUGCUUUAUGGUUUCGUCUUCUACGGCCCGUGGCCUGUACUUUCUGCCUGUUUGUUGUGUACUGUGUGGUUAUCCCCCUGCUGUUCUCCUCUCCAGCUGUGUCGUGUUGGGGGUAACCUGCUCUCUGGGGACGGGGAGGUGCCUUUGACAGGCUAGUGUGGAAAGAAGAAAGGGCUGUCAUGUUAUACUCCCACUACCACCCUGCCUCCGUCUGGAUGUGCAAACGGACUAGCCUCUAGCCCCUGCUGCGUCUCCAGGGGAUAGUUGGGACGGCUGAGGUUAAGCCAGGUGCUCCCCGAAGCUGGAGUGUUCCAGCGGGGGAAUGCCCCUCAGUACUGCAGCGUGAGGGAGGAGUGACUGUCUCACAUACCUCGUCAAUGCCAAUGCCUUAGCACCGUUCCUGUCCAGCCGAGCGCUGCCGCAAAGGCAUCAGCUAAUGGAGACCAGGCAGCCGCACCGUGUGACAGGGCAGCUAGGCUUCCUUCCUCAGCAUUAACGGGGGGCUCUUCCCUCCGGGAGCUACCCUGCUGAGAACCAGGCGAAGAGGAGGGUGGGAGCCAGGCUCUGCUUUGGUGCCACAUGCAGGCCGGCCCCUUGUAAACACCGCAGGAGGCUGCCAGAGGCUGUAGGACAACAGCUGCUCUUUGUUCCUUCCUGCUCCAAGGUGUAAACAGCUUCUGAGCUGAAGGUGAACUCAAAGGGCAGAGCCUCGUGGAGACGGGGGGCUGGAAGGGGCAAGCCCCGUUGCUUGAGACAGGAGCUGGAUUCUCCCCGUAGCCCCCCCCUCGUUCCAUCAGCCUGAGUGAUGAAAGCUAAAGCACAUCCAUUGAUCCAUUCAGCCGGCAUGGGUACACGCCUUCCCGCUGGGCCAACUCCCCCCAGCUGGCUCCCUCCAGCCCUUGUGGCAAGGCAGCCAUGGCUCUGUCUGCUGGCUGGGACUUGCGCCCCAGACACACACUUGUAUCUUGUGUUCACUCUUUUGUGGGCUCCUGCUCUCAUAGCUUGAGAGCAUCCCAACCUGCCCCCACCCCCGGAGCUGCAGAUGGGUGCUGGGACCUGCCAAGGAAACUAACCCUACCUGUUCCCCCCGCUGAGCCCGUUCUUGGGGAGAAAGCCCUGCCCACUGCCCCCACACCCUCUGUGCCAAAUGCCGAUGGACAGCUGGUUUAUGUGGGGUGACCUGGCAUAUCCCUUGUAUCAGCAGCACUGCCUUUAACUGCUGUUCCACGUGCUGAAAGCACCAGGCAUGGCCUAAAGACCAGCUUCAGGGGGGCUGACCACAGCUGCUGGCCCCACAGCACUGAAGCAGCUAAAGGGAGAGGGAAGUCUUGCAAUGCCAGUCUAACGGGCUUACGCUCCAGCCCCCUGCCGCUGGCCUGCUGGCGGAGCAGAAGAGACAUGGUGUUGGACACACUGACCAGGGUCGCACUUUGCCCUGGACAAUGGGGCUGAGCUUAGCUCUAACUGCACAAUGGAUCCCUGUGUGUUCUAUGUACCUACAUCUGUCAACCAUGGUGCCAUUGCAAAGGGAGACUAUGGCCCACCCCCACCCCAAGCCAGUUCAAAGGGCUGGAGACCAGCCCCCUCCACAAGCUGUAGCAAUCCCAUGGGCUGUGUUUUCAUUUUUCCUACAGCGGGUGGGAGGUGUCGGACUCUUGUGGCUACAGGGAGAAUAGAACAGUUCAUUAAUAUUUGACUUUCACUAAGUUAAGAUCUAUUUUUUGUUUGUGUUCUGUUUCAACUUCUGUAGAUUAUAAACUUUCAAUGGAUGUAAACCAUGUGAAAAAAUGUUAAUAAAAUGCAAAGCCCUGACGUUUGCACAAAAAGUA